AACUUUUUCUUUCUGCCCCCUUUCCAACUCUCUCCCAGCAUUUCCCCCAGAGGAGCUAUGGGAAGGGAUGAAAGCCAAUCAGAGGACAUCUCCAGAGGCCAAAAUGGAUGCUGUAGGUGGGCGUCGCGUAGUGAUUGCGUCAUCCAGUUGUCCAGUUGUGGGAUGUCCUGGGGACGCUAACGCUACUAACACCUCCCACUAAAACAAUAACAGUUGGUUCAGAGCCUGGAGUUGACGAGGAAGUUGGUGGGCCUAGCCUUGUGACCCAAAAUAUUGAGCCGAGGAGCAGGUCAAAUCCGAUGACAGCAAGAUUCACUCAUUCCCGUCUGGCCAACAUGGAAAUUACGGAGAGAAUAGGAUUAAAAUUCGGGCAAAUUCUAGGAUUAAAUCAUUGAAAGUUUGGAAACUGGUUAGUUUGAUUUUGGGAAGGAGGGUGAGAGAAGAAAGAGUGAGAGAAAGAACUCCUGAAAUUGUAGAAUCACUGCAGGAAGCUCACUCUUAGGCUGAUAACCUCUGUUUACCUGUAAAUACGGAAUCUGGCGUUUACCUCCCUGUCCAUCUGCUGCCAGUCUUCCUGUUGUUUGUCUUAGUGAAUAAGAAUGGGAAAAUCAGCCUCUAAACCUCAGACUCCAUUAGAUUGUAUGCUAUCCCAUUUUGAUGCAUUUGUUCAUUCAGGGUAUGGUGUUAAAGUGACCAAGAGAAAACUGUCAACUUUAUGUAGGUUUGAGUGGCCAACCUUCGGUGUAGGAUGGCCCCCGGAGGGAACAUUAGAUAGAGGGGUUGUGGGGGCGGUACACCGAGUAAUAACAGGGGAUCCAGGACACCCGGAUCAGUAUCCUUAUAUUGAUAUAUGGUUGCAACUAGUCACGUGUCCCCCUCCCUGGUUGAAAACCUGUACCUUUCAAAAUGGUAUUAGAGUAUUGGUUGCUCGACCCCUAACUCCUAAGGGGGUCCAGAAACGCCCUGAGGCUCCUGUUUUCCAGGCGCCGCCGGAAGAUAUGGAGCCUCCCUUAGCCUGUACCUCUGAGCUCCCUGCAGUUUCCCAAAUCCUGGCGAAAGAUUCCCCCUCCAGACCGCCACCCUAUCGCCCUUCCCCUUCGUCUCCCACAGUUCCUGACAGGUCCCCGAGAAAGGGACUCUACCCUCCCCUUCCCGAUAAUGUGGAGUCCUCCAAGUUCUCCGACACCUCAGCCCUGGAUCCGGUCCCCACUCUGUCUCCAUCUUGCACCCGGGGAGGGGUUCCCUAUGCCUUGGCCGCCUCUUUUACUAAUCCCUCUACCAAACUCCCAGACCCAACCCCCAUUCUCCCUCUCAGACAGACUCUCGGGCCAGAAGGGACUUCUUCCUUGGUAUAUGUCCCUUUUUCAUCAAGUGACAUUUACAAUUGGAAAACUCAGAACCCUCCUUUCUCUGAAAAACCCCAGGCCCUUAUUAGCCUGCUCGAGUCUGUUUUUCAGACCCAUCGCCCCACCUGGGACGACUGUCAGCAACUCCUUACUGCCUUGUUUACGACAGAAGAGAGGGAUAGGAUAAAAAGGGAAGCAAAGAAGGCUGUACUGGGAGCCACCGGGGGUCGCCCUGAGGACCACCAGGAUGAGGUCGAGGAAGCUUUUCCCUCUACCCGCCCUAACUGGGACCCGGCCAGGUCCCCUAACUGGGACCUUAACUCCCUUAGUAAUUACCACAAGUAUCUGCUUCAGGGCAUGAAAUCAGCUGCAAGGAAACCAACAAACCUUACUAAAAUCUCUGAAAUCAGGCAAGGACCCGACGAGGCUCCUGGAGCCUUCUUGGAGAGGUUAUAUGAGGCCUACCGGACCUACAGUCCCAUUGACCCAGAGGCCCCAGAAAACAGAAGGGCUAUUAACGUGGCAUUUGCCACCCAAUCGGCCCCGGACAUCCGAAAAAAGCUCCAGAAACAGGAGGGUUUUGAGGGAAUGGUCAUAUCUCAGUUAGUGGAGAUAGCUCAGAAGGCUUUUUACAAUAGAGACACCCCUACAGAUGUGACUAGUAAGCAGUGUGCUAAAGUUGUGGUAGCAGCCCUCCAGUCGCUGAACGGGAACGGGAAAAGGGGGCAUCAGUCCCUUCCUCGCAGCUGCCUUAAUAAGAACCAGUGUGCUUACUGUAGGGAGUUUGGUCAUUGGAAAAACGAGUGUCUCCAAGGAAAAGGAGGGAGGGCUCACUCACCCUCAGUGCUGGUCACGACCGUUGGGGGACAUCCAGUUAACUUUUUGGUCGAUUCAGGGGCCGCACAUUCUGUGCUCAAGACCCCAUUAGGCCCCUUGUCAACCCGAUCCACGUCUGUCCAGGGAGCUACAGGACAAGCUGCCUUUUUCCCUUGGACCACUGAUAGAGUGGUUGACCUUGGCACAGGAACGGUAACCCAUUCUUUCCUUGUCAUGCCUGAAUGCCCAUACCCACUUCUUGGACGAGACCUUCUCCAUAAACUCAGGGCUACUAUCUCUUUUUCUACGCCAUCCCCCACUUUCACCUUUGCCCUGCCUGAGGGAAACGUUCCCAAAGGGUCUCUAAAUACUGAAAUCACUCUGCCGCUUUCGGCUGAGUACCUUCUUGCUGUGACCCCUGCGGCACUUCCCCACCUUUCCUCUCCCUCUCCCGUGCUUUCUCUGUUACAACAGGACUUUCCCAAGGUCUGGUCUGAAUCCAAUCCCCCAGGCCUGGCUGCGCAUCAUCCCCCAGUGGUGGUUCAGCUCCUUGCCUCAGCUGCUCCCAUUGCUGUUAGGCAGUACCCUAUGUCCCAGGAGGCACACCGAGGCAUUUCUACACACAUCCGACGUCUCCAAGACCACGGGAUCCUAGUGCCCUGCUCUUCCUCUUGGAAUACUCCUCUGCUGCCUGUACGGAAGCCCCGUUCCAAGGAUUUCCGCCCUGUCCAGGACCUAAGGGAAGUCAACAAGCGGGUAGAAACCUUACCCUCUGAUGUCUCCAACCCAUACACCUUACUUAGCCUUCUUCCUCCAAAUAAGGUUUGGUAUACUGUCCUUGAUCUGAAGGACGCUUUUUUCUCUAUUCCUUUAGCCCCCGUUAGCCAGCCUCUCUUUGCAUUUCAAUGGCAUGACCCAGAUGGGGCGUAUUCUGGACAACUUACUUGGACUCGGUUGCCUCAAGGGUUUAAGAAUUCUCCUACUCUUUUUAGUGAAGCCCUUCAUAAUGAUUUGGCACCCUUCCGUCUGGAACAUCCUUCUUGUACCCUCCUGCAAUAUGUAGAUGAUAUACUGUUGGCUUCUAGCUCUUAUGAUGAGUGCCUGACCUCUACCCGUGCCCUUCUGUCCCUUCUGCAGUCUUUGGGAUAUCGUGUGUCUGCAAAGAAAGCACAAUUGUGCCUCCAGUCUGUUUCUUAUCUAGGCUACAUUCUACGGGAGGGGCAGCGAUCUCUCUCUCCUGAGCGGGUAAGGGCAGUACUGGCUAUCCCUAUUUACUAUCUAUCUACUAAGAAACAGGUGAGGGAAUUUCUAGGUGUGGUUGGAUACUGCAGGAUGUGGAUUCUUGGGUUUGCUGAUCUGGCCAAACCCCUUUACUCUGCUUCCUCCGGGCAGGGGCCCCUUGUUUGGGGGGAAGCUGAACAAGCUGCUUUUGAUAACCUCCGUCAUGCCCUUCUCUCUGCACCAGCCUUGGCACUCCCUGAUAUCCACAAGCCUUUCCACCUCUUUGUGACGGAAAAAAUGGGAAUAGCCAAGGGUGUCUUAACACAGCCAUUGGGACCAUGGAAGCGGCCUGUGGCAUAUGAUCCCGUAGCCUCAGGAUGGCCGCCCUGCCUCCGGGCUAUAGCAGCUACUGCUCUUUUAGUCAAGGAGGCUGAUAAGUUGUCCUUUGGUCAAAACCUCUCUAUUUCAGCCCCACACUCGGUUGAGACCCUCCUCCGCUCCUCGCCAGAUCGCUGGCUCUCCCACUCUCGCCUCACUCACUACCAAGCACUCUUAUUAGACCACCCUCGCUUGACUUUUAUUCAUACAGGAGCCCUUAACCCGGCUACCCUGCUACCUGACUCUGAUCUGUCUGUCCCUAUCCAUGAUUGUCAUCAACUUCUUGACCAAGUCCAAUCUGCUCGUCCUGAUUUGACAGAUGUUCCUCUCUCGAACCCAGACUUGAUACUCUUUACCGAUGGAAGUAGUUUUGUUAAAGACGGUGUCCGCUAUGCUGGAGCCGCUGUCAUUUCCUCUCCAUCUCUCAAUGUUCUUUGGUCAAGCCCCCUCCCCUCCGGAUCCUCCGCCCAGAGGGCUGAACUCAUUGCUCUUACCCAAGCCCUCCGUCUUUCGGAGGGAAAAUCUGUUAACAUCUACACUGAUAGUCCCUACGCUUUUGCUACAGCCCAUGUCCACGCUUCUUUGUAUCGAGAACGGGGCUUGCUCACUUCUGCUGGUAGGGAAAUCCGCAACAAAUCUGAAAUUCUAGACCUUCUUGACGCUCUCCAACUCCCUUCACGGCUUGCUAUUAUCCAUUGUCCUGGUCACCAGACUGGUGACUCCCCUGAGGCCCUGGGCAAUCGAGCUGCUGAUUCUGCUGCUCGGCUCUCGGCCACUUCUUCCCUCAUUGCCCCCUUGAUGCCCACCCCGCUCCCUCCCAGUCCUGUCUAUUCCUCCUCGGAUGAUUCCUUCGCUAUCCAACAGGGAGAGGUGAAGGAAGGAUCAUGGUGGGUCAUAGAGGACAAAAUUUUUAUUCCAAAAGCUUUAGCAAGGGAAUUGAUUAGAGAAGUCCAUGACUCAACUCACCUGGGAUCUAAGAAAAUGCACCAGCUACUUGAGAGGUAUUACAUCCAUAAUAUAACAAAUUUGAUACAAGAUGCAGUAGAUUGGUGCACAGUAAGUGUCCAAGUAAAUGCAAAACAAGGCAAAAAGGCCCCAUUAGGAGCACGAGUUAAGGGCUGUGCACCAGGGGAGGCCUGGGAGGUAGAUUAUACGGAAGUUAAGCCACCUGCAGCAGGAUAUAAAUACCUCUUAGUCUUUAUAGACACUUUCACAGGUUGGGCGGAAGCCUUCCCCACUAGAAAUGAGACUGCCCAAACCGUAGUGAAGAAGAUCCUGAAUGAAAUCUUACCCCGAUUCGGAUUGCCUUUUAGGAUUGGUUCUGAUAAUGGCCCCUCAUUUACUGCUAAAAUUUCCCAAGGUAUAUCUAAGGCAUUGGGAAUAGACUGGAAACUACAUUGUGUAUAUAGGCCUCAGAGUUCAGGCCAGGUAGAAAGAAUGAAUCGUACAUUAAAAGAGUGCCUUACAAAACUUUGUUUGGAAACGGGUGAAAACUGGGUAACAUUGCUUCCUCUUGCUCUCCUCCUGAGAUGCACCCCAAACAAACUGGGUUUGUCCCCCUUUGAAAUUCUUUACGGGAGGCCGCCUCCCAUUUUACCUGCUGUAAGAGAAGACUUGAUAGCAGAAGCAACUAACUCCUCUAUUAUUAAGUUCCUUCAGGGUCUCCAAGAAACCCAGAACUCACUCCACAAGCAGGUGCGAGACGCGCUGCCCAUCCCAACCUUCAACCCUGUGCAUAAAUUUCAACCAGGCAAUACUGUUUUUGUCAAGAAGUACGCUACAGAUCUUGCCCCGAAGUGGAAAGGGCCACGUACUGUAAUUCUCACCACACCCACCGCCAUCAAGGUUGAUAACAUCUCUGCCUGGCUUCACCACAGUCGAGUCAAAGCAGCCCCGCCUGAGAAAUGGAAAGCGGAGUCCCUUGGAGAUCCACUAAAGAUAAGACUGUCUCGCUCCUCAUCCUGAUUUUCCUGCUCUACCCUUAUGUUUCUCCCCGAAACCCCCAUGCCCCAAAAAUCGACCUGGACUGGGUGGUCACCAUACAAAAAGGACAAUCUUGGACUUUUAGCAAUUCCAGCCGCAUCUUUCUCCCCCUCAACACUUUGUUUCCCAGAUCUAAAGGAUCCCCGGCAGUGGUGGGUUUUUUUACUCUGCACUGAUUCAGGUUGCCCGGCUCUCUGUACUUGUGACUGUGUCUCAACUGACCCUAAGGGAUCCCUAUGUGAACGGGCGGGAAGUAAGGGGGGUCCAGAUCCAUUGUUUCGCAUCCAAACAAAUGGAAUUGACCUUAAUAUCAUUAUUCAAAAUCCCUCAGACCCUAUCUGGGGAACACAAGUUUCCCGGACCUUAGCCCUCUUUCAGUUCAAUUGGGGAAAGGGUAAGAAUGGGAGAUUUGAACUAGGAGAUAGGAUGACUCUCACUGUGAGCAGUGGAGAUAAGGCCCCUCCUGUACUAUCAUCCCCUAUAGGACCUCUAGAAUCAGUCCUCAAAGGUCUAAGUCCACAGCUCCCAGGUGUCCCAAAUAUCCCGGUACCCCCAGAUGUCCCAGGUGACCCAGAUGUCCCAAAUGUCCCAAAGCCUCCCGAGAUGCCAGUAGGCUCAGGAGCACCAGUCUCUGUCCUGUACCCGCCGCCCAUCCAUUCCCCCAAUCAGAACUUACAUCUUUUCCGUCUCCUAGAAUCAACCCAUCGGCUUGUGAACAUAACAAAUCAUAACCUUGCUCAAGAUUGCUGGGUCUGCAUAGACCCCCAACCCCCAUUCUUUAUGGGUUAUGCUCUGCAAGAGGCCAUUGGGAAAACCUCUACUGCUGACCAAUGCACCUGGGAUCAGCCUAGGCUUACGCUGGGUGAUUUGCAGGGGACAGGCACCUGCUUAACCACUUCUUCCACAUCUCUCUCAAAUCCCCUCCAUAGAUUCUGCUCCAGAACCAUAGAGAUGACUAAUCCCGAAUCUGACUCAUACUGGUUCAUGGCCCCACCCGGUUCCU